CUGCCUCCUCAGCAUCACAGACCAACAACACAGACGUUGUCCGUAGUUGCUGCGUCACCGAGCUUCAGGACCUCCAGAUACAUUUCAGUGACCCGGACUUUAAAAACCCAGAAAACUUACACGGUGCUCCAUCCCCAACUCCUGGGAAGCUGUUACCAUGGCAAAGAACACAUCCUAUUUGAAUUACACGGAUGUCAUUUCCAAAAGUGUUGUGAUUCCUUCAGCAUCUCCUACUCUCUACCAGCUGAAACCAAAGAAAGAAGACAUUCAACCUUUGAGAACAAAAGAAGACAACAUUGGAUCUCUAAGAAGAAUGACUCUUGGUGAAAAAGAUCCAAACAAGAAUAACAAAACCAUCUUACUUGUUGGUGAAACAGGAGCAGGAAAAUCUACUCUGAUCAACGCUCUGGUCAACUACGCCCUGGGAGUGGAGUGGGAGGACGAUGUCUGGUUUAAGAUAGUAGAAGAAGAGAAGAGAAGUCAAGUUACAAGUCAGAAGUCAGAGGUGAUCGUGUACCAGAUCUUUGGUUUUGAAAAUAAACCUCUGCCCUACUCUCUGACCAUCAUCGAUACUCCUGGAUACGGAAGCACUGAUGGGAUCGGUCAAGAUGACAUCAUCAGUCAAAGAUUAUUUGACUUGUUUCAGUCAGACGAUGGAGUUCAUGAGAUUGAUGCAGUGGGUCUGGUGAUGAAAGCGAGUGAGAUUCGACUGAACGACCGACUGAGGUACAUCUUUGACUCAGUGGUGUCUCUGUUUGGAAAAGACAUGGAGAAGAACAUUGUCGCUCUCAUCACACACUCAAAUGGUGUGACACCUAAAAAUGCUUUGGAAGCUCUAAAUGCUGCGAUGAUUAAAUGUGCCAGAAAUGAGAAGAAUCAGCCUGUUCACUUCCUGUUUAAUAACUGCCAACAUGAAGACAGGACAGAGGACAUAAGAGCCCUUAAACAUGCAGAUGAAAUAACAACAGAGGCAUUGAGUCAGUUCACAGACCUGUUGGGAAAAAAUGCACCUCAAAAGCUGGAGAAAACGGUGGGCGUUCUGGAGGAACGAAUUAAACUGACAACCUGCAUCCAAAACCUGCAACACAGAACUGAGUUGAUAGAUCUAAAGCAAACAGAGAUCCAACAGACUCAGGAAGCUCUGAAGAAACAUGAAGAAGAGAUGAAGAACAAUGAGAAGUUCACUGUAGAAGUUGAUGAGGUCUACAAAGAUAAAGAACCUAUUGAUGGUGGGAUGUGGUGCUUGGUGUUCUAUGAAGCAGCAACCUGCUGUACUGUCUGUGAGGAGAACUGUCACUAUCCUGGAUGCACUAUGGCCUGGAAACCAGGACACUGUGAGGUCAUGAAAGAUGGCCGCUGCACUUCAUGUCCCGGGAAGUGUCCUGCAUCAGAUCAUGUGAAAGAAAACUGGAAGUAUGUGAACAAGACAAGAAAAGUUCCAAAAACUCUAGAAGAUGUGAAAGCAAAGUAUGAAAAGAAUAAAGAAGAGAGUGAGAAGAAAGAGAGCCUUUUAAAAACUCUUCAGAAAGAGAUGGAAACCCUGGAAGCAAAGAAAACAGCUUUGGUGGAUGAAGCCUACCAGCAUGUUGUCAAACUGGAUCAGAUCGCCCUGAAGGUUGAUGCAGCGUCCACUCAGGUCCACUUGGACUUCCUGAUUGAGAAGAUGAAGGAGAAAGGAGACACAGAGAAGGAGAAGAAACUGGAAGAGAUGAAAUGUCAAAUUGAUAAUGAAGAAGGAAUCCAAGCAGCGAUGUGCUACGGGUUAAGUAAACUAACAUCAGCUGGUAAAGCAAAGCAGAAGAACUAGAACCACUGAGAGGAGACCGCUGGGUAGAGAGCAAGGCCUACACUGAUGAUCACAUGUCUUCCAUUAUAGUUCUAUAAAGUGUGAUGCUGAUU